AGUAUGAUUUAUUCCAGUUGAAGCCUUUAAUUUAAUGCUACUUUUACCGCAAACACUGUAGAGUAUUGUAGACAACUGUAGAUAGACUUUUGCUUGAUGUGGUUAAAAAUAUGUCUUUUUAUUGAAGAACUGAGACUGCCUGUCUUGUGUUAAUAUCGUCUCUCUUGUAAGACUCGUGGCAAUAAAUAUUUGAGGUUUAUUUCAUCCUAAGAUGUAAAGGAUAUUUAGUCGUUAACGUAAGUGAUAUCUUAAGUAGGAGUAAUUAUACUGCCCACAGGAUAUAAGUGUUUUAACAAUGUUUAAGAAAUAUACUUUAUUUAUGGAUGUUUACCAAGAGAAUAGGAUCUCGUUACCCCAGUUCAUUUCACCUAAAGAUUAACCUGACCAUCCUAACUCUAUUUGGGAGAAAUGAGAUAAAGUUAUUUUAAUUUAGGUUAGUAUUCGCUUUUGUUGGUGGUUAUUAAGAAUUUAUUAUUUUUGUUGCUUUUUUCAGUGCUAUGAGGAUCCUGUUGAGCAAGGUGCCUCGUUCCUGGAUGGUGGACGAGAAGAAAGAUGACGGAUAUACGGCUCUUCACCUAGCCGCCCUCAACAACCACGUCGAGGUUGCUGAGCUUCUGGUCCACCAAGGCCGUGCUAACAUGGACCUUCAGAAUGUGAACCUGCAGACACCACUCCACUUGGCAGUUGAGAGACACCAUACACAGAUUGUUAGGCUGCUUGUUCGAGAGGGUGCUAACUUGAAUUUAGCAGACAAGGAUGGAGAUACUCCAUUGCAUGAAGCUCUGCGGCACCACACACUCUCCCAACUGCGGCAGCUGCAGGACAUGCAAGAUGUUGGAAAGUCACCUCAGUUGCUGAUGGGUUUGGGGACCCAAGGAGUUGACAAGAAGAGUCCAGCCUCCAUUGCCUGUCUCCUCGCUGCUCAUGGUGCUGACCUCAACAUCAAGAACAAGAAGGGACAGACUCCACUAGAUCUCUGUCCAGACCCCAACCUGUGCAAAGCCCUUACCAAGUGCUAUAAGGACAAGUCUAUUUCCGGUGAUAUGGGUGCACUUGAAGUGUGUGAAGAGGAGAGUUUGGAGGAGUGUAUGGUGUGCUCAGACACCAAGCGGGACACUCUGUUUGGGCCUUGUGGCCACAUAGCCACUUGCUCCAUCUGUUCCCCACGGGUCAAGAAGUGCCUCAUGUGUAAAGAACCUGUCCAGUCUAGAACUAAAAUUGAGGAAUGUGUAGUCUGCUCAGACAAACAGGCUACAGUUCUCUUCCAACCCUGUGGACACAUGUGUGCAUGUGAUAACUGUGCCUCCCUCAUGAAGAAGUGUGUACAGUGCCGUGGAGUCAUUGAAAAGCAGAUUCCAUUUAUUGUCUGCUGUGGAGGACAAGUGGUGGCCUCCAACUCUGGUCCUGGUGUGGCCCCCAACAACAGUGCCAGUGAAGGUGGUGGUGGCAGUGGUGGUGGUGGCAGUGGUGGUGGUGGCAGUUUGAUGGAUUCAAUUGCAAAUAACCUUAACUGGGAUCAUAACCUUCCAGCACCAGCAUCCAUUCUUCCUGGUGGUGCCAGCAACAGUAGUGGUGGCAGUAGUGUUGGCGGUAGUGGUGGAGGCAGCAACAAUGCUGGCAAUGUGACAUCAGGAGCAGCGUCAGCAACAGGAGUUGUGGUCCCUGGACCGACGGGACCACUCAUGAACAAUGGUUCACGAGAUAUGUCAUCUGCAGACUUGCAGAAGCUACAGCAGCAACUCCAUGAUAUUAAGGAACAGACCAUGUGUCCUGUGUGUCUUGAUCGUCUCAAGAACAUGAUCUUCCUCUGUGGUCACGGAACAUGCCAGAUGUGCGGUGACCGUAUGCACGAGUGUCCAAUAUGCCGCAAACCUGUGGAAAAGCGCAUUUUGGUGUUCUGAGCCUAAGUGUGGGGCUCAUGCAGUUUGAUCAGAAGUUUGAGAGGUGCAUUCCAUGUUUUCCACAAUCAAGACAUAGAUGCAAGCUUUCUUAUAAUAUUUGUUGAUUAUUGUUUAAAGCAACUUUCAAGUCACUUCUGAGUGAUUUGCUGAAAGUUCAUUCCCUGUUAUGUGAAGGAAAUAUACUGUACUGUAUCCUGCGUUGAAUACAAUAUUUUUAGACGGCCAGAUGUUAACGUCGGCAUUACUGCCUUUCAGUCUGAGUGAUAACGAUUUUAUCAUUUCUGUAUUUGUAAUUGAUUUACAUCUUGAUGAAAAAGUGGCUAUAAAUCAUUUAAUAUUUUAUUCUUCCUAAUUCAGAAUAAUCUUUUUACUGUACAAUCUAUAGUUUUACCAUUGAAAGAAUUUUUAUUGUAAAGUACAAUAGUUUUUAAACAAAAUAUUUUCUCAACUUUGUAACUUGUGAGCCAACAAUAUUACCCAUAUUUACUGUACACUGAAUCUGCGGUACUGACAUUUUGUGCUCAAUAAAGCCACACCACAGUUUUUAUUUAAAUUUAAAGGAAUUAAACAUCUAUAUUAGUUGUUGUUCUAGAAAUUGUGUUGUGUUGUUUCACAUAUUAUCUUUUUUUAAUAUGUAUUAUACUUGUGAGUGAAUAAGUCGAUGUAAAGUUUUAUUUUUAUUUCAUUUUAAUAAUUCUUUUGCAUGCCCUUCUCACAUGUAGUUUACCAAAAACAAUAUUUUUUUCCUGCAGUUAUAAAUACUUUACACCAAGUUGUGACUCAUGCACAUAUUUGCUGUAAAAUGUGGAUGAAUUUCUUUUAUGUUUAACUUUUUAAUACAGGCAUUUCCUAAAUUUAUUAGGUAUAUCUUUGAAUUUUCUCCUGCAUGAACUCAUGAAUUCUCUUCAGUUAUUGGUGAUCCUGAUUUUAUCCUACUACGGGCGUCCCUCAGUAUAUAAAUGGGUUAAGUUCCUUGAAAACCUUUCCUUAAGGGAAUAUUUAUAUAUCAAAUAACAUAACAUAUAGGGGAAAAUAGGGUUCAGUUCCCUAAUGACAAGAAAACCUUAAUGUCAUACCUAAAAAAAAAAAUUAAAUCAGUUCAUAAA